UUGUGCUUCGUCCCAUCCAUCCUCCGCCGGCCAACCACCCAUCACGGCAAAAAUUGUUCAUUGUCUGCUAAUUAAUUCCCAGCUCCAUAAAUUUGGAUAAGCCCUGCCUCCCACCUGCAAUAUAUAAGAAUAUGAAUCGUCGCCGUCGUUUUGAGGAGGUCGAAGGGGGAGAUCGAAACUUUAAACGUCGAAGGACAUCAUCCUACAAUGAGAAAAAAGAAGAGGACCCAAUCAAGUCGCUGAUUUGCAAUGCUGGAGACAAAAAGUCAGCUUCAGUUGAAACAAGUAUUGAAGAGGCAGCCAAAAUGUUGGAAAAUGAGCUGGCAACACAAAAGCCCAAAAUUUUGGCAACUCUGGUUGAAGUUGUAACGACUCUUCCGGAAAAGUACUCAAUUUACUCGACAUUGGCCGGAUUACUAAAUGCUAAGAAUUACAACUUUGGUGGUGAGUUUGUGGAAACAUUGGUGAAAUCAUUUAAAGAGUUUCUUCGAAAUAUGAAUUGGAGAAAUUGCCAGUACACUGUACGAUUCAUUAGCGACUUGGUCAACUGCCAUGUUGUUUCUGCAACUUCAUUGCUCCAACUGUACGACAGUUUUAUGGAAGGUGCAAUUGAUUCUGCUAUUCCGCAGGUUCGUCGAGACUGGUUGGUCUAUUCAAUUCUAUAUUGCUUGCCUUGUGUUGGGCGUGAAUUGUACGACAAAAAGGAACAAACGGUGGAACGUUUGAUGAUAACAAUCGAUAAUUAUAUGAAGAAACGGAGGAGGACGCAUAUGGGAAUGCUACGUGUUUGGUCUUCUGAUGAGCCUCAUCCACAAGAAGAAUACUUGGAUUGUCUUUGGGCUCAAGUCGAGAAAUUAAAAUUGGACGGUUGGAUGGAAAAGCAUAUCGCACGUCCUUACUUGGCAUUCGACAGUAUUUUGUGCGAAGCUUUGCAACACAACUUGCAACAAAUAUCGCUACCACCGCAUCAUGAUGGAAUUAGAUAUCCAAUUCCAAGUGUGGUGUUUCGAAUGUUUGACUACACUGAUUGCCCAGAGGGCACAAUGUCACCCGUUCUUCCAGGUGCACAUUCGAUUGAACGAUUUUUGAUUGAAGAAGAAUUGAGAGAUAUUCUACGAAAAUACCAUUUAGAGCGUCGGGAUUGUGCUGCAGCUCUAUUGGAAUAUCCUCAAAACCAUCGAGUCCCUGUUGAGUACAUGGUGGUUGAAAUUUUAUUUGGAGAAUUGUUUCGAUUACCGACCCCAGAGUAUUUGGAAAUUUGCUAUGGAUCAAUUCUUAUCGAGUUGUGCAAGAGUCAGCCUGCAAUGAUGCCUCAGGUUUUGGCACAAGCAACCGAAUUGCUGUUUGAUAGAUUGGAUACCAUGAACGUGAUCUGUAUUGAUCGGUUCGCAAAUUGGUUUUCCUACCACUUGAGCAAUUUUCAAUUCCGUUGGAGCUGGACAGAUUGGGUGUAUGCCAUGAAUUUUGAUGCAGAGCAUCCAAAAUCUAAAUUUAUUUCUGAAGUUGUUCAGAAGUGCAUUCGACUGUCUUAUCACGAGAGAAUCAUCGAAAUGAUUCCGCAACCGUUUCAGCGUGUUUUCCCUGAACGCAGCACGGACCCGCUCUACAAGUUUUACGAAGGUGACAAAGAGGAGAAGAAUAUUGUUGGAUGGACACAGUCCAAGCAACUUCAAGCUGCUUUCCGAGGAAAAGCAGCACUUGAUGAAAUUUCAGUGAUUAUGCGAGAAGUCCCAAACCCACUGGAUGACGAUGAAGCAACCCACAAUCCAAUCGCUAUUGACAUAUUUUCUCAAACGGUUUUCAUGCUUGGAUCAAAAAGCAUCAGUCAUUGUCAAACUGCUAUUGCGAAAUAUCAACUUAUAUUCAAGGAAUUAGUGCCCAAUGAAGAUGCCCAGCUCUGUGUUUUGAAGGCUGCUCAUGACGUUUGGAAAAAUGACACACAAAUGAUGGCUAUUGUCGUUGAAUUGCUUUUGAAAUAUCACAUUAUUGAAUGCGCUUCCGUUGCAAAUUGGGUUUUCAUGAAAGAAAUGACUGGUCAAUUUACUAGAAUUUACCUGUGGGAAAUUUUGCAUAUGACCAUACGAAAGAUGAACAAGCACGUUGGAAAGUUGAGCACAGAGUUGACUGAUGCGCGAGACAAACUUCGUAAAGCCGAGAUGAAUUCAAGUGACAGUGAAGCUGAGGAGGAGAACACGCAUAAAGGGAAGGAAAAUAAAGAUAUUCCCACAGAAGAGCAAGUUGAUAAAAUGGAAGAAAUGUUGGAAGCUGCACAAGCAGACCAAAAGAAUUUGUUUCUCAUCGUUUUCCAGCGUUUCAUCAUGAUUUUAUCCGAGCACAUUACACGAUGCGACACUGAUGGAAAAGCGUUCAACACUCCAUGGUUUCGAUGGACAAUUGGGAGAUUACAACAAGUGUUUUCCCAGCAUGCUGACCAAGUAGCUCAAUACAGCUCGACAUUGGAGACACUGCUUUUUACGCAGGACUUGGACAGGAAUAUAUUGGAAAUCUUCCAACAGUUUCAAGCCUUGAAAGCUUAGAGCUGUUUUAAAUCUUCACACAUAUAUGUGCUGAUUGAUGCAUGUUUAAUACAGGUUUACUGAAGACAAAAUUUUUUAGAUAAUUUUCAAAUACUUAAUUGGUUAAUGAAUAUGGACAUUUUAGAGAUACAUGUAUCACAACUAUUUAAAUUGGCGUAUGUAAAUUGGCGAAAUUUAAAGAUAAUAACAGAGCUGGACGGUUCUUAAAUUCUCAUGUAUAUGUAUGUUGGAAUGAAUGGACUUUAUUUGAAAUAAACAAACCAAAUUAAAAAUGCCA